AUGGAAACGGAUAUAUCAGUAGUUGAUAGAAAAAUGAUGGAGGGAAAAACAAUAAGCACUCCAGCAAAAAUAGCAGACUUAGCUCGCGUACAUAAUGAUAUUAUAAUUUUGGAGGACGGAGUCAAUCGCAGUAUUAGAGCGAUUAAUAGGAAUAUAGUUCAAGUAGGGGAGUCGAUAACUACCAUAGAAAAUGAUACUAAUGCUGGGUUUAAGGAAGUAGCUGGCAGAAUUGACACCUUAGGGGAUAAAUUAACCUUAGUUGAAGAAAAAGUUGAAAAAAUUAUAGAGGAUUUAGAAACAAGAGAUAAUUUUGAAUUUGAUGAGAUUAGAAGAAGUAGUGGUGCAGAAAGAUUCCUAAACACGAACAGAAGACCUGAAAUAAUUCCUCCACCACCACCCAAAACCCAGUCACAAUCCUCAAGUAUAGCAGAUAAAUCACAGUCAACCUCCUUAGGGAGCAACAAAUGUAAACCUAACAAUUCCCAAAAUUUAAAUGAAGGGGCUGAUUUAGAAAACCAUGAAAAUGGAAUUUAUGUUUUGGGUGAAGCUAGUUCUUCGGGCCCGCAACUAGUUGUGUUUAAUGGGGAAACCGCUUCGGCGUUUGAUGAAUGGAUAGUUAAAUUCAAAGAUUAUAUUGAUGUUUUUGGGACCAAUUGGUCAGAGCCUGAGAAAAUCAAUAGACUUAAACUAUAUCUAGGCACUCAGGCAAGGUGUAUAUUUGAAAGCUUGUUGCCCGCAGAAAGGAAUAAUUUGGCAAAUGCAUUGAAAAAUAUAAGAAAUAAACUAGAUAGUCCGCACUUUAGGGAGCUCGCGUAUAAAAGGCUAGCUGCAUGCUAUCAGCGAGAAGGAGAAUCAGUCAGCGAUUUUAUUAAAAGACUGGUACCAUUAGUUAAUACCACUUCGUCUCAUGUACCUCAGGAAGCUAAAGAUGAAACAUUGUGUAGGUGUUUUAUGGAAAAAGUACGACCAGAAUUCCAGAGAUCCUUGCAAUUAGUAGGCCCUCUGAUAGGCAGAAAAGAUUUUGAUAAGCUUACAGCUUAUGUUCAAGAACUUGAAGUAGCCGCAGAAAAAGAGGGAAGGUUAUUUUCUGAUGGAAUCCAUACAAUUUCUGAUCAACAAGGUCAGAUUCCCAGUGGAAGAUUUACUAACUGGAGACCAAUAAACACAUAUAAUAACCCACGUACCCUUAGGGGAUUUAACAGAAAUCAGCAAGGAAAUGCAACCUCAAGUAAUGCCCAACCAUUAGGGUAUAGAGGGUACCGGGGAAGAAGUCAAUGGCAACCUCAGAAUGAUCGUAGGUGGAAUAACCGCCCAUUUUGUCACUAUUGUCGACGAACCGGUCAUGAGCAAUAUAAUUGUAGGGUCCGCAGAUUAAACAAUAAUGAAUAUACUAGUAAUGGAAAUAGGUUCAAUGAAAGGGGAGCAAGAAAAGAGGACCAAAAUAUAAAGGAAAUGGUUGAAAACUUAGCGGUCCAGGUUCACGAAAUGAAAAUGAGUGGCAAGUACGCUUCGGCGAAUCAAGGAAACAUUAGAUCUUUACAACCAGUAAUUCCACCCCCGACACCUGAAAAUGUGGAGACAAAACCUGAAGCUAAAGGAAAAGAGGAGCCCAAGAAAAUUUCAAGUUGGGAGAGCACAGGGCGCAGAGUUAGAAUCCCUUCACUCAUGGGAACUUCACUAAUGUUAAUAAUGAUGUUUUGUUGUACAUUAGCUAUCAAUCCUGUAUUAAUACCCAAAGGUCCUAUGAUAUGCCAAACACAUAAGCAAGCCAUGAUUUGGGAAGUUCCAGAAAUCCCUAGCUGUCCCACACUCAAUUUAACAGUGAAAAACAAUACAGUUGUAGAAAAAAGAAGAAUUUAUGUACCAAAUAGCAUUGAAUUUUCAACUAAAGCUUGGGCCUGUAGAAAAAUAAGAAAGAAUGCUAGGAAAUAUACCACAAUAACAGGAGUGCCGAUUGAAGAAAAAUUAAGUCAUGAGGAAAUAGACCUGACAGUUGAAGAGUGUAAUCAAAUGAUUAAACACCAUAGCUGUUCCUUAGGGAUUCUCAAGAAAAAUUCUGAACUCUGGCAGACAGAAAAUAAAAUUGAUCUGACGCCAAGAUUGUGGGUACUAGGCUCAUUCUCCUGGAAAAAUAUAUCAAGUAAAAAUUGUUUUCUUUUUGAGAGCAUAAUUGACUCGCACUUUGGUGCUUCUGAAAUUGUCACCCCCCUAGGGUUUGCUCGUGACUGUCCUUAUAGCAAAGGUAACUGCAUUUUAGAAGAUAAAACAGUACUUGUAUGGACAGUUGACAAUGUCAAAAAAUGUAACUUUAUUCCUAUAGGUGAGAAAGAAGGCAGAUGUCUAGGCAAAGCCUGGCUUUCGGAUGAUGGUAAAUUAGGGUUGACUUUCGAAAAUGAGACAAUUAUAGAGGACUGUGGCAAAAACAUUACAGUUUCGGAUCAAGGUUUAGGAUCAGUAGUAGUAGCAUCGUUAGAACAACACAGGACUAAGAGACAUUCUGAAAGAGUUUAUACUAAAAGAUUUUCUGAUGGAUUAGUUACCUCGUCCCAGCUUGCCUCUCAGCUGACAACCUAG